AAGGUCAAUUGGUUUAUUGUGUUGAACAUAGAAACUGGCCAUCGCUCGGGCGGCUGCAGGGCCUGGUCAGUGAGGUUAAGACGUGCGCACGAGGGUCUGCGAUCUUGGGUUUGAGGCCAUCGCCCGAGGGAUCCUACCUCCACCGAAUUGAGGCCAUCUUCGGUAUUACGGAUUGAGGCUAUCUCCGUCAUAGGAAAUAAAUGUUAAGUGGUUUGACUUCGGUGAAAGUCUAAAUUGAAUGAGUCAAGAAUCGACCCACGGUCAGUACAUUCCGGAGCUGGAGCACGUGAGCGUGCACACGGCGAACACCGAGGGUUCGAGUUUCACGCCUCCGGGUGACGGAGGGCAACGACAGAAUCCACCUGAGCCAGCGGGACAGCCACCAGCUGUACCACCGCCAGUCGUACCACCUCCAGUGAUGCCACCGUUGGCGAUACCGCCGGUGGCCUACGAGCAGAUGUUCUCGGCCAUGAUGGCCCAUUAUAUGCAGCACAUGGCGCAGUUUAUGCCCAUGUUCCAGCCAGCGCCACCACCACAGCCGCAGCCGCGCAUCGUUACCUUCAAGACGUUGAAGGAUAACGGAGCGGAAGAGUUCCGAGGAGACAAUAUGGGGGAGCCCCAGAUUGCAUUGGAUUGGCUUGAGCAGAUGGACCGGGUACUCAAGAAUUUGAGAGUCCCAGAUGCUGAUCGCUCGGAGUUGGCGUCACAGAUGUUCCGGAAGGGAGCAUAUGAUUGGUGGAAGCGCAUUGACCAGGAUCCACACACGCCCAAGUCGUGGACCUGGGAUCGCUUCGAUCGAGCCUUCACGAAGGAGUACGUCCCCACCCGGUACCGCGAGGAGAGGCGCGAUGAGUUCGUUGCGCUUAAGCAAGAGGGGAUGUCACUGCCUGAACUGAGACAGAGGUUCGACUACCUGUCCCAGUAUGCGACGAGUCUGGUCUCCACUCCGGAGGAUCGUUUGAAUGAGUUCGUCAAGAAGCUACGGCCGAACUUAAGGCCGUACGCCGCACUGAUCACGACGACAGAUUUUAAUGCGGCGUAUGAUUUGAUUCCAAUCGUCACUGCCCGGCGUCGCGCAAGCCAGAGUCGCCGCCGCCAGUCGCCUUCCCCAGCCGGUCGUCGCCGUCCAGUUAGAGCCGCCAUCGCCUUCCCCAGCCUCGCCGCCAUCAUCGCCGACUGGUGCAGCGCGGCCGUGAGCCAGCUGCCGGUCAUCGCCGUCCAACUGGAGCAGCCAGCCGCCGACAUCGCCGCCGUCGAUUGCAGCGCCGCCGAGUUGCAGCGCCACCGCUGCCUCGCCUUCGCCGGAAUCGAGCGCCGCCGUCGCCCUUUGCACAGCGGCCAUCCGCCGCUGUCGAGUGCAGCACCGCCGUCGAUUGCAGCGCCGCCGGUCGCUGCUCAUCGCCGUCGAACUGCCGCUCCGCCACUGUCGCCGGCGUCCGUCCCCGUCGCCGCAUCCGGCCGCUGCCCCGAGUUGAUAUCGCCGGCAGAUUAACCUCCACGCCGGAUUGAUUGGUCGAUUUCGUACUUUGACUCGAUUUGACCCGUUCGGUUGAUUUCGUUGAUUUGUCUUCCGUUCGAGCUAUCGAUUCGAUUUCGACGUAAUCCAGGUCCGUGCUAUGAAGUUAAUAGCAUUCAGAAUAGAUUUAAUGGUUUGGA